UCGGAAACAGCAAGGGGCGGAGCAGCAGCUGGCGGAGAGCGGGGGUUGUGCUUCCGCAUUGGAGACCGUUGCUGCUGGUGGCCGGGCGCGGGAGGAUGAGCAAGCGGUGAGCGCAGCAGUGUGCAGCCAUGUCUCAGCAGCCUCCUCAGUCCCCGGCACAGGCGCAGCAGAGGAGGAGGGACCGCCGCAUCUUUUCAGGGACCUGUCCGGACCCUAAGUGCAGGGCCCGGCUCUUCUUUCCGGCUCAGGGGUCUGCCAGUAUCGAGUGCACCGACUGCGGCCAGAGACAUGAGCAGAGACAGCUGCUGGAGGUGGAGGAAAUCACCGAGCCGGACGUGGUGCUCCACAACCUGCUGAGGAACGCCCUGCUGGGGGUGGCUGGGACCCCCAGGAGGAACACGGACAUGGUGAAAGUCAUGGGGCUCUCUAACUAUCACUGCAAGCUGCUGUCCCCCAUCCUGGCCCGCUAUGGCAUGGACAAGCAGACUGGCAAGGCCAAGCUGCUGAGGGACAUGAACCAGGGGGACGUGUUUGACUGCUCGCUGCUGGGGGACAGGGCCUUCCUGAUUGAGUCCGAGCACGUAGACACGGUGGGCUAUGGGAAGGACCGCUCGGGUAGCCUGCUGUACCUUCACGACACCUUGGAGGACAUCAAGAAGGCCAACAGCAACCAAGAGUGCUUCAUACCUGUGCAUGUUGAUGGGGAUGGGCACUGCUUGGUGCACGCUGUGUCUCGGGCGCUGGUGGGUAGAGAGCUUUUUUGGCACGCUUUACGGGAGAACCUAAAAAAGCAUCUGAAAGAAAACCUGGACAGAUACAAAGCCCUCUUCCAUGACUUCAUCGACGUGGCGGAGUGGGAAGACAUCAUCAAUGAGUGCGAUCCGUGGUUCGUCCCGCCAGAAGGCGUUCCUCUAGGUCUGCGUAAUAUUCACAUAUUCGGACUCGCCAAUGUUCUUCAUCGGCCCAUUAUAUUGCUGGAUUCCUUAAGCGGCAUGAGAAGUUCGGGGGAUUAUUCGGCUACUUUCCUUCCCGGAUUGAUACCGGUGGAAAACUGUAAAGGUAAAGAUGGACAGCUCAAUAAACCAAUCUGCAUUGCCUGGAGCAGCUCAGGACGCAAUCAUUACAUCCCUUUGGUUGGUAUCAAAGGCGGUCCCUUGCCAAAAUUACCCUUGAAAUUACUUCCCAAAGCAUGGGGGGUGCCACAAGAUUUGAUCCGAAAGUACGUCAAGUUGGAGGAGGACGGUAGUUGUGUUAUCGGAGGAGACCGGAGUCUACAAGACAAGUAUCUGCUACGACUGGUGGCUGCUAUGGAAGAGGUGUUCAUGGACAAGCAUGGCAUCCACCCCAGUUUGGUCGCUGACGUGCACCAGUACUUUUACAGACGGACUGGAGUCAUUGGCAUUCAGCCUGAAGAAGUUACUGCUGCCGCUAAGAAGGCAGUGCUGGAAAAUCGCCUUUACAAAUGCCUUAUAUGUGGGGCACUGUCAGAACUUCUGGUUCCUCCAGAGUGGUUGGCCCCUGGUGGCAAGCUCUAUAACCUGGCAAAGUCAACACACGGUCAGUUGAAGCCAGAUAAGAAUUACAGCUUUCCCCUCAAUAACAUUGUCUGUUCAUAUGACGCAGUAAGCGAUAUUUUAGUACCUGACUUUACGUUGAGCAAUUUGACCAGUUGUAAUUGGUGUCGGGGGAACAACGUUCGCAGAGUGAGGAGCGAUUCAUCCAUUGUGUAUCUGGAUGGAGACAGAACUAACACUAGGUCUUACGGGGGCAAAUGUGGUUGUGGCUUUAAACAUUACUGGGAUGGUAAGGAAUAUGACAACUUACCCGAAGCCUUCCCUAUAACACUAGAGUGGGGUGGAAGAGUAGUGAGGGAAACGGUCUACUGGUUCCAGUAUGAAAGUGACACCAGUCUGAAUAGUAACGUCUAUGAUGUUGCCAUGAAACUAGUCACUAAGCACUUCCCAGGGGAGUUCGGCAGUGAAAUUCUUGUACAGAAGGUCGUCAACACAAUAUUACAUCAGACAGCCAAAAAGAAUCCUGAUGACUACACCCCGGUAUCCAUAGAUGGAGCUCACGUCCAACGAGUGGAAGAUAUUAAACCAGAACAGGACUCGGACUCUCAUUUACCAACAAAAAUCAUUCUGACUGGCCAAAAAGCCAAAACGUUGCACAAGGAAGAGUUAAACAUGAGCAAAACCGAAAGGAAGAUUCAACAAAACAUCACAGAGCAAGCGUCCGUAAUGCAGAAACGCAAAUCCGACAAGAUUAAACAGGAAGAGAAAGGGAACGUGAGAUCUUCCUCUCCUGGCACGGUCAGAGAUGGUCCUUCAUCAGGGCCUUCAACACCCACAAAAACGCCUUACUCCCCGACAUCCUCCAAAGAAAAGAAAAUCCGCAUAACCACCAAUGAUGGCCGCCAGGCAAUGCUUACCUUAAAGUUCUCCACGACGUUCUCUGAGCUGCAGGACGGAAUAGCUAAAGAGUUGGAUAUUCCUCCUUACUUACAGAGUAUUCGCUAUGGAUUUCCUCCUAAAGAGCUGCUACCACCCAAGGAUGGUAUGGAGAAUGAACCUGUACCCUUACAACAUGGAGACCGAGUGACGGUAGAAAUUUUAAAGGCCAAAGAAAAACCUGUCCAGCACACGUCUGCUCACUCGGCCCAUGCAGUCACAGAGGAGGAUUCUGCUGUGUCUGUGAAGUCGGUUUCCAAGGAGCUUCAAGACCAGAUUGAUAAGGAGAUGUACUCCUUGUGUUUGCUGGCCACCCUCAUGGGAGAAGAUGUUUGGUCCUAUGCUAAAGGACUGCCUCAUCUGUUCCAGCAGGGUGGUGUCUUCUACAACAUUAUGAAGAAAAACAUGGGUGUGGUUGAUGGAAAACACUGCACAUUUCCGUACCUACCUAACAAGACAUUUGUUUACAAUGCGGCUGAAGACCGGCUAGAACUGUGUGUGGAUGCUGCUGGCCAUUUUCCUAUUGGUCCUGAGGUUGAAGACUUAGUUAAAGAGGCGCUGACUCAAGUGCGUUCAGAAGCAUCUUCUAGAAGCAGAGACUCUAGUCCUUCACAUGGGCUGAUGAAACUAGGCAGUGGUGGUGUAGUGAAGAAGAAGUCUGAGCAACAUCACAAUGUAACAGUCUUUCAAGGCAAAGGACACUCUCUAGGAACAGCCUCCACAAGUCCAGAACAUAACCAGAGAACCAGAGCUACAACCAAGACAAGCUCAACUGCCAAUAGCACUGCAACAUAUUCUGAUUCCUCAUCAUUUAUGUCUACAUCGAAGGAUAGUGAGCUUAUUAGAGUAGCUCCCGGAGUAGUCACUAUGAGAGAUGGUCGCCAACUUGACCCCAAUUUAAUUGAAGCGCAACGGAAAAAAUUGCAAGAAAUGGUUUCCUCCAUUCAGGCUUCGAUGGAUAAGCACUUACGGGAUCAAAAUGCAGAACCAUUGUCAGGAUCUGAUACUCCUCCAAAGAAGGGAGAAUGGCUUUCAUCAAAGCCCAUGGGCAGCCCUUCAAGGGCGAAUGUAGACACAACUAUGGCACCUGUAGCACCUGCCGGUAAUGUUGAGAGCUCUAUAGCAACAUCAUUAUCCGUUAGACCUAAAGUCCGGUCUGCAGGUUCUACAGAUGUUCCAGAAGAGAUGGACAGUCAGGACACAGAAGAAAUAGCCAACAUAGCUGAGCCUAUGGAUCAUUCAUGAUUAGUGAAAAGUUUCAAUCUCGAGGAACAUACAUAAAAAUAUAUAUAAAUAUGUAAUAAGAUGGCUGGGCCACAGUUUGAAAUAGUCCUUUAAAUAAUUCUUGUACAUUCAGAAGUCUAUUAAAUUCUUUUUCGCUGCAUGAAAAUGUGUGUAAUUUGGGGGAAUAAAAAGCUUUCCAUGGUUAUUUUAGCUUUUGGAUGAUUUAAAUAAUCGGUCACUGAUGGUCUGUGCAUUUUUUUUUUCAACAAUAUUGCUGCCUUUAAUGCUGAUGGGAAUGUCCACUGCUGACUAUACGCACAUGUCUGAAUGUGAUGGUGAGAGACUAGAAAAGAGAGGACUGCUGUUCUGUUGACUUGCCAUCACUUCACUAGGAGCAUCACUCAGGUAUGAGGAAUGACAUUCAUGCUUUCUGAUGGUGCUUUGAGUUUGUACUGAAAAAAAUAAUAAAUGUUGCCACCAUAUUAAUCUACAUCCAGUUGGACUAGAAUUUGAGCCCUGAGUUUAUCGGUAUGUGCUACAUUGCCUCUGUAACACCAGAUUCUGAAGACUUCCUUUUGUCUUACGUGUUUAGUAAUUAGAGCUUUAUUAUACCUGCGCAUAACUAGAGUUUUAUGUUAAAGAGUAAAAAUAAUCCUAAUCACACCUUCUUAAAAGCUUGAAUCGUAAUCCAGAGUGCCUCCAUUCGCUCAAGAGGGCCUUUAAAAAAAAAAAAAAAGUCAAAAGCUAGUGUUGAGCGAACGUGUGGCUUCAAGUUCGGCGUACAAGGUUCGGGUUAUCUAAAAAAUUCCGUUAUGAAUUCCGCUACCACUGACCAUAACUUGUGGUCCGUGGUAGCGGAAUCCAUAACGGAAUUUUUAGAUAACCCGAACCUUGUACGCCGAACUUGAAACCACACAUUUGCUCAAUACUAUCAAAAGCUUCUGCUGACCAAAGUGAAUGCGUUUAGCGAGGUCAUGGGACAUUACAAUUGUAGUAAAGUUUUGUAAAUGUUUUUUUUUUUUUGUAUUGUGCCAGGGAGUGUGUGGAAAGGUUUCUGGCCCCUUAAUUUAUGGUUGGUGGUUACUGUAGAGAUGGAAUAAAAAUAUAAAUUGUGGGCACAUGGGUCACUUAUUGAAGUGCUGGAUACUUACAUAAUUACAGCUGGUAGGUGGGACCUCACUGCACAUUUCCUUUUAGUCCGGAUGUAGCUCAUAGUUGAUGAAGCAGAUUGGUCAAAACAAAAAUAUACUUCCAAUUCUGAUCCGUGGCUUGAUUAGAUGUGGUGUUAGAGUCGUAGCUUUAAUAAGAGGUUCUAAAAUUCCUACUCGUCACAAUACAGCAUGGUUGACAAGCUACUUGUUCGCUUUGUUAAAGGGGCUAUCCCACAAAUAUUGUUUAUAGGUAUGUCUAGCCCAUAAUUAUAAGCCUGUUUUUUAUUCACACUUAUGCUUGUAUCCCUAGAUAUUUUAGGAGUAAUGUUAGCAUAGCGCCAUCUGCUGUUUCAUCAGCCCUUGUGUCCAUCUCAGUAAAUGCGCUGAGGUGGACACACAUGCUCAGUCUUUGCACUCUGUCAGGUGUUAGAGGGAUUCCUGCUUCUGAAGCUGCUGCGUCUUCUCUCCUUCUCAGGGCAGAUGUUGAGCAAGGACAAUUACAAUAACAGUGUCUUGGCAUCUGCUCUGAGAAGCAGAGAAGACAUUGCAGCCUCAGAAGCAGCCACACUACAGAUCCCUCACACACCGAAAUGUGCAGAGAUCAAAACUGGCAUGGUCAAAACAGCAGGUGGUGCUAUACUAACGUUAUCCCUAAAGAUCUGGUGAUAUAAGCUUUUUUUUUUUUUUUUAAGUGUGAACACAGAAAAUGUUAAUAAUUAUGGCCUGGAUUUAACUUUAAAUUAUUUUUUGUAUAAUAACUCCUUUGAGUGAGAUCAAAUUUCCCCCACCAAAAUAAAAGAAAUAAAAAAAAAAGGUGCAAAUGUUAUUAAAAAAAGAAACCGUACUCCUCUCUUCUUUCCCCUGGCGGUCCUCCCAGUUUUUGUUUACAGCCAGCAUGUGACCCUUCAGCCAGUUUGUGGUCGCAGUGGCCAUGUAAUCGUGUACUGGCAUCGCUGCUCAGCACUGUGCCAUGACGCCAGCUGGAGGCAAAAAGCGGAUCCAACAGGAAGGAGACAUGCUAAUAUUUCCUUUAUAUUUCUCCUUCCUGAUGAAUCCACUGCUAGCUUUUGCACUAAAGACGGCAUAAAAACUGCCACAAGACUGCAUGUAUGAUUCCAUUAUAUUCAUUUAUCACUUAGCAUGUUUCUAUAGUUAUUUGAGUACAAUUUCAUGCAAAAUUACGUUUAUGUACUUUGAAGCAAUUUUCUUAGGGGGAUUUAGAGAUGCACAGUGAAGUUCCAGUAUGUAAAAAAAAUCUCCACAAUUUGGCAUUAGAAUAUAUGAUAGUGGAAUUAUUUUCUGCUCUCUGGCAAGUUAUGUAGGGUUAGGCUAGUUUCACACUAGCGCUAAACUGUUCCGGCAGGCUGUUUUCCAGUAGAGGAACAGCUUGCCAGAGUUCAUCUUAUCUGGCAUAGCUGGGUACUACCCGACCCCGCCGGAGCUCUCGGCAUUAGUGCCGGGAUUGAGCCGGACAAAACACCACUAGAAGCAGUGUUUGUCCAGCGAAAUCUCGGCACUAAUGCCGGAAACAGGCCAGAUCCCUGGCGGCACCAUUAUAGUCAAUGGGGCUCCGGCAGUUUCCAGCUAUGCCGAAUGUGAUAAACUCUCGCAGGCUGUUCCUCAACAAUUUAGCGCUAGUGUGAAACUAGUUUUAGUUCUAGGCUUUGCUUUUGACAUGAGAAAUUCUAUAAAACUGUAGUUAAAGGGGUUGUCCCAGAUUUUGAUAUUGAUGAGCUAUCCUCAGGAUAUCAUCUGUUUGAAGAGGUCCUGGAAAACCCCUUUAUCGUUAAAAUAUCUGGUCCUCUAAGGGUCUGGCAAAUAAUAUAUAAAUGGAUAUCUAAAUGGACUUUUAUGACCUAUCAACCAGCUGUUUCCAUAGCUCUUAUUAAUGGAGUGUGACUGGAUUGGUGAGGGUCUCGACUGAAAAGGUUAUGGUGAGAAACCUCUUCUCGUCACUGUAGCAGAGGGGUGAUUGUCCUGCUCCGAUAUCCAUCUUCAGUAAUAUCCGUAACUGGUGAAGACCUCCAGUCAGCCAUAUUGUCAUCCGACCAUGUUGUCGGCAUGCACAACCAGACAGCAAUAAAACAAUUCUUUAUCCAUAUUGGGCCACGCUGCUCAGAAUUCACCGGAGGUGUUCCUCUUUAGUUUGGAUCCAUAUGCACCUUCAGAUAUAGGGACACAUUGGACGCUCUUUACUCCUUUGUAGAUUAACAAAGGGGUCGCACAAAUGGUGAAGCACCGUUAACCAGGGACAAUUGUAAAAAGUUUAUUAUACUCACAAACAUAGAUGAGUUUAAAACAUAUCAUAAAAGAUCUUUGUCCUCUUUAGUUCAUGCCCGACCCGGGUUUCUCUUGACGCUUCGGCAUCA